CUUUCCCCAGUCACUUCCGGUUCAGAAAUUCUUUCCAUGUUUUUGUUUCUCCUACCUGCCAUUCUGGUUUCAGUUUAAUCCACUUUCUCUUUUUAUUUAACCUCACUGAUUGCCGCCAUGUCUCGGGGGUCCAGUGCGGGGUUCGACCGGCACAUCACCAUCUUUUCCCCGGAAGGAAGGCUUUACCAAGUCGAGUAUGCAUUUAAAGCCAUCAACCAGGGAGGAAUGACCUCUGUGGGGAUCAGAGGGAAGGACUGCGCCGUGGUCGUCACCCAGAAGAAAGUUCCAGAUAAGCUGUUGGACGACACCACGGUCACUCAGCUGUUCAGAAUCACAGACAACAUUGGCUGCGUCAUGACCGGCAUGACUGCUGACAGCAGGUCUCAGGUGCAGAGAGCACGCUACGAAGCUGCUAACUGGAACUACAAGUACGGCUAUGAGGUCCCAGUGGACAUGUUGUGCAAACGCAUGGCCGAUAUCUCCCAAGUCUACACACAAAAUGCUGAAAUGAGGCCGCUCGGCUGCUGUAUGGUUGUGAUCGGCAUGGAUGAGGAGUUGGGCCCGCAGCUUUAUAAAUGCGAUCCAGCCGGCUACUAUUGUGGCUUCAAGGCCACUGCAGCUGGGGUCAAGCAGACCGAAGCCACCGGUUUCCUCGAGAAGAAGAUCAAAAAGAAACUGGACUGGACCUUUGAGCAGACAAUAGAGACGGCCAUUUCUUGCCUCUCCACUGUUCUUUCCAUCGACUUCAAGCCAUCGGAGCUGGAGGUGGGAGUCAUCACGACGCAGGAGCCUAAAUUUAAGAUUCUGUCGGAGUCUGAGAUUGAUACCUAUCUGGUUGCUCUGUCCGAGAGAGAGUGAGGAUCAAUGGGAAAACCAGAAGUCUCAGCUAGAAGGAAAAAUAAGAGGAGCUUCAUUUGUCACAAUUCAGGGAGAUUUACAACACAGGGAGGUCAAAUCUGGACAUUUUACUGCAGGUUGGGUUGAGUUUUUCGGCCAGAUGCACUGCCUUUUACCAGCCUCUGUUCUUCCAAAUCAUAAUUUAACCCACAAAAUCCCCCCCCCUCGCCCCACCUACAUUCUCACUUUUUAAAAAGAUUCUGGACUUUCAGAUCGGUGCUCCCAAUGGCAUAAAAGUACAACACACUCAUCAGUUUCGUUGUUUGACAUGAGUGUGUCAGUAGCUCUACAGCUGCAGAGCGGUACCUCACCGGUUGCGGUGGUUUAUUUUUUACUCAGUACGCUCUUCACUUGCGAUCUCUGGAGUUUCUUGUUCACGCUCCGGGAGCAGCUGUGGGAGUUUUCCCGUCACUACAAUCAUCUCCAAACGCCGUCAGACUCUGCUCAGGACAACAACAACUAACUCAAUGUUCAAUUCUCUCCUCUCAGCUGCGAUCUUUGCUGUAUGCCGCUGCACUUCUAUUAAAUGCGGUGUUUUUAUUUAA